CAGGGGGCGGACAGGAGUGUUUAAGAAGUUUAAGGGAUGGCUAAUGGGAAUGAGAGCAGCGAAGGGCCCAGCAUUCCUCUGGCGGCAGCUGUGGCGGCAGGAGGAGUGGCAGGUGGAAGCUCCUCAUCGCCGGUGUCCACCUACGCGAAGCUGGUGCUGUUGGGCCUGAUCAUCUGCAUCAGCCUGGUGGGGAACCUGGUGGUCUCUCUGCUCGUCCUGCGUGACAGAGCCUUGCACAAGGCACCCUACUACUUCCUGCUAGACCUCUGCCUGGCAGACACCAUCCGCUCGGCAGUCUGCUUCCCCUUUGUGCUGGUGUCCAUCAAGAAUGGCUCCGCCUGGACCUACAGCGUGCUGAGCUGCAAGGUGGUGGCCUUCAUGGCCGUGCUCUUCUGCUUCCAUGCCGCCUUCAUGCUCUUCUGCAUCAGCGUCACGCGCUAUAUGGCCAUCGCGCACCACCGUUUCUAUUCCAAGCGCAUGACCUUCUGGACCUGCGUGGCCGUGGUCUGCAUGGUGUGGACCCUGUCCGUCGCCAUGGCGUUUCCGCCCGUCUUUGACGUCGGCACCUACAAGUUCAUCCGAGAAGAGGACCAGUGUAUCUUCGAGCACCGCUACUUCAAAGCCAACGACACGCUGGGCUUCAUGCUGAUGCUGGCCGUGCUCAUCCUGGCCACCCACGUAGUCUACAUGAAGCUCCUCCUCUUCGAGUACAAGCACCGCAAGAUGAAGCCCAUUCAGAUGGUGCCAGCCAUCAGCCAGAACUGGACCUUCCAUGGGCCAGGCGCCACUGGCCAGGCAGCGGCAAACUGGAUAGCUGGAUUUGGCCGAGGCCCCAUGCCACCAACUCUACUGGGCAUCCGGCAAAACCUGCACAACCAGAACCGGCGGCUGUUGGGCAUGGAGGAGUUCAAGGCGGAAAAGCGGCUGGGCAGGAUGUUCUAUGUGAUCACUCUGUUCUUCUUGGUGCUCUGGUCCCCUUACAUAGUGGCCUGCUACUGGCGUGUCUUUGUGAAAGCUUGCACCAUUCCACACCGGUACCUCUCCACCACUGUCUGGAUGAGCUUUGCCCAGGCCGGGGUCAACCCCAUCAUCUGCUUCUUCCUUAACAAGGACCUAAAGAAGGGUUUAUUAGCUCACCUGCCUCCUUGCUGUAGGACUACACCUCAGCUGCCCCGUGAGCCUUAUUGUGUCAUGUGAAAGGAGAGGGAGGGGGAGGGGCUGACAGCAGGGGAGGCAGCAAAGGCACGAACAGCCUGAGGGACCACGUGAGCUGUUGUGGCCUUUGAUUCAGUGCAAGAUGCAUUAAGGGUUGGGCGUAGAGAGAAGAAAGCAGAGGAUUUCUACUAUAUUUUAAUUUCUCUCUAUUAAAGGAGACGUUUUCUUAUGUCCUGUCCUAAAAGGUACACAUCCAGUUUUAAAAUGCAUACAAGAAGUCCAAUUUGAGGAUUACGUCAGGCCAGGAGCUGUCACACAAAGACGACAACUGUGAAGCUGUUAUUGUCUUGGAGGUAGCUAUUAUUGCUACAUUAAUUAUGCUUUUGCAGGUGUAACAAGCAGGUCAUCCAGCAGAAAUGCCUUUACAGGUAUUCUAAAGAUGCUUGGUCUUAACAAAGACUGCUUUACAUAAUAAUCUAAGACAUAUUCCAAACACUCAAUACUUCUGGAGAACUACUUAGUUCAGGAACCAAAUUUAAUGCAUGUAUAUAAUCUAAGCUUUGAUGUGAAAUGAAUGUAAAAUUUAUGGAAAAGUUAAAAAUUAGACUUAUUCUGAUCCCAGGGGGUAAUUUUCUCUCCAAGACACAGUGCACCAUUGGCAGAGUUGGGCCUCAAUCUGGGCCUGCUGAAAUGCUAUGAGCGAGAUGUCAGUCCAGCCCGCAUCCCAUUUCUCAGGCAGACACAGGCACUGAUUGGCUGCCUGAGCUGUUUCCUCUCACAAAGUCACAUGAUUCACGCUGGACAUCCACAGUGAUGGAGUAGCCUCAGUUUUCCUCAUCUGCGUGAAUCAAAGGCAGCACUAACACGGUCAAGGUGAAAUAUAUUUAUGUAUAUUUCCGAGUUUCUGUAAAUUAUAGCAUAUUCGGGCAUUUUAUUGCCUUGCCUGGCUUUAAGGUCCUCUUUGAUUAUGAUAAAUUAUUAUUAUUGAUGUGUUUAUUUAUCUUAAACUUAUUUAUAGGUUGGUUUGACAAACGUAAAGGUACGUGAGUCCUUUGUUGCACAUUCUGACCUUUUUAUGUCCUUUAAAAGCUGUAUUCCAAUAAGUACACUGGAUUAAAUGGUAAAUUCAUGAGAGUGAAACGUGAGAAUACUGUGCAAAUACAUUGGACACUGUACACAAGGGCUUUUACAGCACACGAGUAAUUUACCGGAAGACCUGAAUUGUUUUGCUCUGAUUUUUCAGACAAAUGAGGGAGGAACAUAUGUUGGGAAAUGGAUUUAAAGAUGGAAUUUAAAGAUUGGUUACCUGGCAAUAGAAAUGAGCGGAACCCUAAAUCCUUGAGAUAAGACUCAUAUAAUAAUGACAAACAAACUUGUUGAAAGUAAAGAAAAAGGAAUGUUAUAUUGAAACAAAGAAGUUGAGCCAUAUUAAUGACAUCUCGGUCUUUGUUUUUGGUAUGACCUAACUAAUGCUUUCAAUUCAUGAAAUAUGGUACAUUAGUACAGAGGCGUCCAUCUUCACAACUGAUGUUCCUGCCUCAGCCGUAAUGAAAGGAGGGGCGUAUUGUUCUAUUUCAAUGAAUUGCAAUUGUCAAAGAACAGGAGAAAACAAGUGAGGGCAAAAAAAAAAUAAUAAAAAAAAGCUCUAGUGAAUCAGUUCACACAAUUUGUUGUGUUACUUCGCCUAACUGUUUCGUUGCUUUAGUCAGCGUCGCAGACUAAAUGAAUGGUGUGACAUACAGCAGCGAAAGAAUGAUGACUCAUAAUGAAAAUCGGCCAUGAGGGACAGAAGUAGCUCAUUUCUAGCCUGGUAACUUUCUUUGUGACUUUCUGACAAAACUAGAGGACAGAUUAGGACGUAUAACACAAAAGGGCCACAGCACCUGGAAUGGAGGCCAUAGUGAAAAGUGCAGGUUUGAAAGGCGACGAGCGCUCAGACACAGGCAUUAAAAACGUAAUUACAUCCGUCCACCUUAUAACCUACUGUCUGUGUCACACGGCACACACAUGCAAAAUUGAUAUAUGCAUUUAGUAGAGAACUAUUUCCGUCUGAAGGCUGGCACUGCUGUUAAGCAGUAAUGGGAUGCCAGGUUGAAAAUGUCAUUUACUAAAGAAGAACAAUUUUGAUACCGGACAUGGUCACCCUGUAAUGUCAGCAACUUUCAGGAGUGAUGGAACGUGAAACGUUUCAUAUUUUGAGUCAUUUCUGCUGGGAGGAGUUUUUUUUAUAUAAGAAUGAGUGCAAAAAGAGUCGUCCCCUACUAAUCAAACCACGAAUGGUGAAUUUUGGUAGAAAAGAAUGCCAGUGUAUUUUAAAUACCUGAUUAGUUGAUUAUAUCAAACGACAUUAAAAAAAAAAAAAAAAACAUAAUAAAAUACAUACUGGUAAAGGAAGUAGGGAGUAAUACCUAUUUACCUAAGAUAAUACUAGAUUAUUUUGUUUGUUUAUUUAUUUAUUGGCUAGAAUGAGAAAAUAAAAUAAACAAAACAUGUUAACAGUUAAUGAUCCAAGACUGUUUGUAAUGGCCUUAUAUUGUGCAAUGUCAGAUGGGGCACAUAAUUAUACAGAUACAAUUUGUUUUCGUGUGCCUGUUUUUUCUUCCCUGAUAUCCAGAAAUGAUAAAAGAAAACCAGUGGAGAAAAUUGCCUAUCGGAGGAUGCAUCUUCUACUUUUGCUCAUACAGAGAGGAGUAACAACCCCCCUCUAUCCACCAGGAAUUGAGUAAAAAACACACAGAAGAGGAGCUAAAUGAAUAAAAAAAAAAAAAAAACAUUUUGGCAAAUGCGACAAAAGUGUACGAUUUUGCACAUUGAGGAGAAGAGACAAGAAUAGGGAGCUGAUGCUCUUGAGGAUUUAACGACGGGAAAUGAUUCGUGUGGAUUUCUUGCAGAGACUUUUACUCAUUCUGGGGGGCUGUGUGGGUUUGGGAUGAGGUGAUGUGGAGUAGUGAUGAAGCGGAUCACAAAGUGGAUGUGGGGGGGGGGGGGUAGUGUAGAGAACAGCUUUUUUUAUUGAUCAUAAAUGCCUGUUCUGACUUUUUGAGUUUCUUCAGGCAUACUAUCUUUUGUAAAUUAACUGUGACCGCCGUGCUAUCCAAUGUGUAUAAUAUGGACAAUGGACUAAUCUUUCGGGGUGGGGUUCUGGCUCAGAUUUAUACCACGCAUGUCUGUGUGUAUGUGUGUGAUUGUGAGCGACAGAUGAUUGGCUAAGAGGGAGGGUCAUUCCACGUAUUCGAAAUGAAAAAUGGCCACAUACCCUAGAGCUUUGUUUUAAAAAUGUUGACUCCUGUUAAUGCUUCGCUCGGUCUCUCUCGGACUCUGUACAAAAGACGUACAGAAUCAACGCUGUGCGUCAAGUCAGCUUAAGCUUGUUCUAACUGGACAGUAGUGUUUAAACCCAAAUUAAAUCCAAUUUCAGAA